AUGGGCAGAGCUGAGAAAUGGGCGGUGGUGGGGUUUAGGGUUUUAAUUGGGUUUGCCGUCCGUCAACAGUUACAAUAUGUCAAGCAAAACGCUGCCAGCUGGGUCCCUGACAGCGCACAACCAGCUAGAAAAACCCAGGGGUUUCAGAAUAACGCACCAAUUCGAUACUGCUACUCGCAGCGGAUGCCAGAGCAGUGCAAGGCCAACAUUGUCCCGCUCUUCCUGAUCGUUGUCAUCAUCUGCAACGUCGUCAAUAUUCUCGCGUUCAUACUCACCCUGCACAUCACCAAGGCCGACCCCCCGCUCUGCACAACCGGCGACGCAAUCCAAUCCUUCCUCAGCCACCCCGACCCUCUCACCAAAGGCCGCUGCCUGGUCUCCAAACACGACUAUGAAACUUACAUCUCGACAUCGCUGGAAUGGGAACCCCGACCCGUGAAGAACACCGGCGACCUCUGA